AUGUCGCCCACUCCUCCUCCAUCAGCACCACAGACCACACUAUCAUCCCGUGUUCGCCAUCAGCCUGAUCUUGAUGACUUUGAUGCUUGUCGUGCAAGCUCAAUGUCACCUACUCCUCCGUUAGCACCACAAACUACACUAUCAUCUCGUUUAGCCUCCAUCAAAGCAUCCCAUACCACUGAGCCAUCGAAAGUAUUCAUUCCAGCAUACAAUUCUACAAAGCGGGUCUGGCCUCAAGGCAUGUAUACCACUGACAUGGUCACAGGCUUUCAGCAAAUGGACGACAAGAACUUGCAGGCGAGAUUUCAACAAGAUGAUCUCUUUCGUCGUAUAUUCAGUGUACCAUUUGUCAAGGCAACCUAUCACGACAAUUGCCGCGCAUGGCAGAAAACAGAUUCCUCUAUCCUUGCAAGCUAUGAGGCUGCGGGCCAAACUGCCAAUGGUCUUUGGUCACACUAUUUGGCGGCACGUAGAGAAGCGCUUGGGGAGAAGACUAAGAAGCCAACAAGGCGGGCCAAGUAA